CGGGUGGACGACGCCGUAGCCGCCAAGCACCCGGGGCUGGGCGAGUACGCCGCCUGCCAGUCGCGCGCCUUCGUGAAGGGCAUCGUCACCUUCGUCACAGGCACCGGGGCGGCCUUGGGCCUGCAGAUGUCCGUGCAGAGGAGGCUGAAGUACCCCUUCCAGUGGACCGUCCUGGUGGCCGUGGUUGCAGGCUCCGUGGCCAGCUACUGGGUGACCCGCGUGGAGACCCAGAAGUGCAGCGACCUCUGGCUUUUCCUGGAGACGGGGAAGCUCCCCACAGACAUGGGCACAGAUCCGCGCACCUAGGAGAGCUCCAGCCAGGCGCACACGACCCGGGCCCAGAGAGUUCUAGAACACAGCGCCCAGCACCUCGCACCUCAGGCUGGCCCUCCCCGCUCCGGAGGCCCUGCCCGCACCCUGGGGGCGCGUGGUGAGAGGACUCUGCACUCGGGGCACGGACACUCCCUUUCUGGGCCCGCAUCCCCCAGGGCCAGGGGGACAGGUGCUGCUGGGCUGUGGGACUAAUAAAGGCCUUGCUCUUCCUGCCGAGUUCUACAGCGACUGGGGAGCGAGAGCAGGAAGAAGCUGGGA